UAAAGCACAAGAGCGGGACGCUAAUGCGCGCAUAAUUCGAAAGACGACCUAGCUAGUAUCUUCAGCGAAGAUUAUACCUAUCAAAACAUCGCUAAACUCUGCCUCAUAGUUGACCCAGUAGCUAACAAAUAUCCUCCCUUGCACGAUGCAUUUUGAUCCACCAGGUUUUGCAAGUCCCUGAUUGAUCAUGUGACAGCGACACAGCGGACAUUGACUACUACUGAAAAUGGCCGCUUCCGCCGCUGUCUCGGCCAGCCUGUCAGAGUUAGAACCUUACCGCUUGCCCAACGUCCGCCGAACUGGUCGGACGAUCGGGGCUGGCGCAUACGGCAAUGUGGUUGAAGUCGCCAUACCCGGAGCCCUCUGCGCUGCCAAGAAAGUACACGACUUUUUCCUAGAUCCAGGACAGACACCCCCUGAAGGUAUCCAUAAAGCGAUGAGAGAAUUUGUGAACGAAUGCAAGCGCAUGAGUACUCUACGCCACCCGCACAUCGUCCAGUUUCUUGGCGUAUGCGACCUUCCCGGGUCCAGGAUACCGGCGCUAGUCAUGGAGAAGCUGGUUACGAGUCUUCACGAUAUUCUGGAUCCCGAGCCGAAACCGACCAGUAAGCCCUAUAUUCCUGUCGGGCUGAAGUGCUCGAUCCUUCACAAUGUUGCCAGUGGUGUCUCGUUCAUGCACAGCCAAACGCCGCCUAUAAUCCACCGAGAUUUGUCGGCUAAAAACGUUCUCUUGACAGAGGGGAUGGUGGCCAAGAUAGCGGACCUGGGCAUGGCUCGCAUUGUGCCCAGCUUACAGGCUGCAGUUAUGACAAAAACUCCAGGUGCUCCAAUAUACAUGCCUCCGGAGGCAGUGCAAGAUAAGUCACUGUAUGACAUCACAAUUGACAUAUUCUCUCUCGGUGUUCUGGCUCUUUUCACACUAUCACAAAUGUUCCCUGAUCCACUGUCAGCUACGUACGUGGACAGUAAAAGUGGUAAAGUUGUUGGCCGGACUGAGUUAGAGCGACGCAGCCAAUACAUGCAGGAGGUGUGGAAGCAAUUUCAAAAGGGGCAUCCCCUUAUAAAAAUGAUCGAGGGUUGUCUGAAGGACAGUAUUGAGGAGCGACCCAAAAUUGACCAGAUAUUAGGGUGGCUCACACAGGCCAGAGAUGAAGCAAACGCGGACUUUAUCGAUGGACACAAACUGGUACUGCUACAAGCCUUGCAAUCAAAAACAGAGGAGCUGCUAGCCAAAGACGAGCAUAUCGCACUGAGAAUCCAGCAGAAUGAAAUUCAAAAAGAGCAGCUUGAGUACCGUGUGGCACAGGUUAAUUACUUGGAAGUGCAAGUUGAAUCGUUGCUCCAGCAGCCUCAAAGGAGACUUUCCUGUUCACGAGCUGAGAGACGUGCGAAAUCUCAAGGGGUCGUGUUACUUGAUGAAGAUGAAGCUGCCCCACGACCUGUUUCGGAACAGGGAAGCAAGGAACCGAAGCAAUCGUUACUCAAAGAGGGUUCCACACCUAGUCGCACGAUGCAGGUAAAAACACCCGUAACUACAGCUAAUGGAGGGUUUACAUACCACGAGCUACCACUUCAAGAUGCAGGAGCAACUGACCAAGAGCAAGCAAAAAAGGUCACAGGGUUACCUACAGCUUCUGCAGCUAUUGGAGGCGAGAAAGGAGGACAAGUUUCUUCAACAAGACUUAUUCUGGUGGGAGACGUGUCUGUCAAACUCCGGAGAACUUCGUCGCCAAUCUAUAUGGAGCUUGGAAAAGCUAGAGGGGCACCGACUCUAACAGCAGCUGCUCCUGAACCUGUAAAGCAAGCGGAAAAGGACACCUCAAAAACCCCAAUCACAGGACGCAGCAGUAAAGGAAAAACUCCAGCAGUGCAACAAGCCGCAUCCCUUUCUGCAGUUGGAACAGAGAGACCUCACAAAUCUAUGGCUGCAGAAAGACAUUUGGGCCAACGAGAAGAGAAAGCGAGAAUAUCAUCACCUUCCAAAGCCCGAGCUAUGCCUCUCAAAGACACGGCUGUACUUGGAACUACCAUGAAACACAAGAAAGAGACUACAGCACCGCAUGUUCAGCGCAGGUUUCCACCACCUCCACCAACUUAUGAAAGUACAGCACAGCUCAAAUUGAAAGGAUGUGUUCUACCUCCAGAAAGAUCCCUGUGAAGCAAAUCGUGUCCCAAUCUGCACCUAACGGAGCAUUUGAGGCCCAAACAUUGCUAAAUGAAAAUUUGAUUUUUACUGCAUCUCCUGUGGGAAAAGAAACAGAGGCUACACCACUAUCUGUUUCACUGAAGUCACAAAGUGUGCUAUUUACAGCUACAACUGUUGCUACUAGCUCUCCUAUGAAAGAAGUAAUGGCCACACCUUCAUCUGUAUGUGAACAACCUCUCAGGUCACAAAGAUUAGAUGGGGCCACAAACACUACUGGUACUGCACAUCCUCUGGAACAAGCCAAAGAGGUCGUCCCUCCGUCUUUAGUGAAAGAAUUACAACGCAAGACAGCAGCAGCUGCAGCAACACAAGGAACACAGGCAUCAUGCAAGUCGAAGAGUUUUCUAGAAGGAGCCGCAACUGUUGUUGGACCUUCUCAGAAGAAAGAAGAGAAAACUGAAAAACAACUAAAGCAUCACACUUCAGCCACUACUGGCCCUACUUGCAAACAACCAAAUGAGACAACACCAGCUGCUCCAUACAGCAAUGUCACACCUGUAAAAGCCCCUUUGGCUUCGGCUACUGCACAACUAUCCUUCACUCGAAGCUUCGUGCCUCCAGCCACUGGGAAGGCUACACCAUUGUCAAUGUCUGUGACUGAUGCAGGGCCUGUCAAAUCCCACCUUUUGCUUCAAGACAACACUUCACCUUCCUCAGAACUUCCUGAAAAGUCUACAGCACCCUCCAUUAGUGAAGAGUCUCAGAAUGGCAUACUACUUCAAGUUGCACAGUUUCCUGAAGGAGCUCAGCAGUCUACAUUAUCAUCAAACAUUGCUGAGGGACAGCAUAAGUCUCAGAAUACACCACUUCAAAUUACAAAUUCAUCUGAGCAGUCUGCAGUGAAAUCAUCUUCUACCAGUCGCGAAAUGGUUGAAGGGAAGCACGUAACAUUUCGGAAACAACCAUCACAUUUACCAAAAUACCAAGCUUUGCUUCUUUCAGCAACAGAAACUACAAAGACACAACACGUAGCUAGAGGACCCAUCAAAUGUCAAACCUUGCCUCGGAAAGCUACAGUGGAGCCCCCGCAGAAAGAAAAUAAAGAGGGGUCACAUCUUACGCGAAGGAAUACCAUGCCCACAGUACGUAUACCGAACACAUCGCGGCCCACUGCUUGUCCGUAUAAUAAUAUACCGAAGCCAACACCUAUGAUUGGGGUCCCGCCGCGUGAGUCACCUAGCUAUCUCAUCAGAUCAGAGGAAAGAAGGAAAUGACAUGAUGUAAUAACAGCACUGUGUUUAGAUAGCAAAGGACUUUCUGCAUGCGCUGAUGUCUAUUAUCACUCACCUGAGCCUUAGAGUACGGACUAAGGUACACCAUUAUUAUUGAUGUUGGACAAGCCACAAUAUUAAUUUUACAAGCGC